GGCGGACUUGUCGUUGGCUCCGUGGAUGCAGAGGAGGGAGCUGUGUCUAUUUAAAGAGGGUCAUCCAGUCACGGAUAAAUAACAGAGGGUCCGUGGUGUUGACUAACCACCUCUAAAUGGUCUUCAUCGGGCACCGCGCCGCUGUCUGGGACCGCUCAUUGUGCAUUAGUCCGGACUGAGGCCGCUUCACUGCUGUCACUGCACAUCCGUCGACCAGACCAGACCAGACCCGGUCCAGUCCAGCACUCACACACAGCUCCACACCAAACCAUCGAGCUCCGCGAUUGUUGGUUUGUUUGCUUGCUUUUUCCUUUGCAGGGAAAAUGGGAAAAGAUUAUUAUAAAACGCUGGGGAUCUCUAAAGGAGCGACAGAAGAUGACAUUAAAAAGGCUUACAGAAAACAGGCUCUGAAAUGGCAUCCGGAUAAAAACAAGUCUGCAGCCGCCGAGGAGAAAUUCAAGGAAAUCGCCGAGGCUUAUGAAGUCCUCAGUGAUCCAAAGAAAAGGGAAAUUUAUGACCAGUACGGAGAGGAAGGUCUGAAGGGAGGAAGUGGACCUACUGGUGAUGGACCAGGCAGCACUUUCACCUACACUUUCCACGGGGACCCUCAUGCCACAUUUGCAACUUUCUUUGGUGGAUCAAACCCCUUUGAGAUGUUCUUUGGGCGUAAAGCUAACAGCGGCAGAGACGACGAUGACAUGGACGUGGAUGGAAACGACCCCUUCGGUUCCUUCACCAGUUUCAACCUAAAUGGAUUCCCACGAGACGGCCACGUUGGUCCUGGAGGGCAGCAGCGUCGAAAGCAGGACCCAGCCAUCGUCCACGAACUGAGGGUCUCCCUGGAGGAGGUCUUCCACGGUUGCACCAAGCGAAUGAAAAUCUCUCGCAAAAGGCUGAAUCCAGACGGCAGGACCAUGCGCACGGAGGAUAAAAUUCUCACCAUCGAGAUCAAAAGGGGCUGGAAAGAGGGAACCAAGAUCACAUUCCCACGGGAGGGAGAUGAGUCACCCAACACUAUUCCUGCUGACAUUGUUUUUGUCAUCAAGGACAAGCCACACCCACAUUUUAGGCGGGAAGGGUCAAACAUUGUGUAUCCUGUUCGCGUGAGCUUACGACAGUCGUUGUGUGGAUGCUCAGUUACGGUGUCAACGAUAGAUGGUAAGACUUGCAACAUGAAGAUCACAGAUGUCGUCAAGCCUGGCAUGAGAAAGACAGUUGCUGGGCAGGGUCUCCCCUUCCCCAAAAACCCAGAGCAGAGAGGAGAUCUGGUGGUGGAAUUUGAUGUGAACUUUCCUGAAACGUUGCCUGGCAACGCCAAGGACGUCCUGAAACGACACUUACCUGCUUAGGAACGAAGGACAUGGACAGAGAGGUGUGAUAGCCACAUGGCGGCUCUCACACUUGUUACUCAACACACACACGAACGUACACACAAGGACAGUCCUAAAUGUUCACAGAUGGAGCCCUGCUGACAAUGUGUCAUUUCUAUUUUUGAACUAAUUGGUGUUUUUAUAAAUACCAUGCAUGCUGCCAAGCUGGUGUAAGUGCAAGUGAAUGACUGCUGGGGUUGAUGAUAUCUGACAGUACACAGUUUAUGUACUAUGUGGGCAUUUGCCACGAUUACUUAUCUUAUUGUUUGUUGCAUUUGAAAAUCUCUGGAAGUGAGUGAGUCUACAGUUGCCAAAAAAUGAAUCCCCACUAAUCCUAUGGAGAACUGCUGUGCCACAAAGCACAUAACCCAUCUUUCAUUUAGACACAUUUCAUCUCUGAUUUUUUAUAUUUCUUAAAUGUUCAUGUUUGUUUUCUCAUGAAAGCUGUCUUAAAAUGUGUGUACAGAUUAUUAAGGAGGAGAGUGGUUUCUAGAGGCAUUUCAGUGAGUACAACUGGAUCAACAUUUGUGCAUUUUAGAAACUUAUAUGUGAAGAUAAACUUUGAAAUAAAUAUUUCUAUAUGAACUGAUUUUGAGCUGUUUCAGUCAUAGAGAGACACUCAAUGAAUCCUGCAUUAAACUGUUAAUACAG